AUUUGUUCCCAGUUAACAGCUGGGCGGCGCGUCGUAGUUCGUUAAGCGUGGAACAAAGUGCGUUUAGUGUAUGGCACUUACGUGAAAUACGGAUCUGCUGGAAAAUGUCGGCGAAAUUUUCUUGAUGAAAGAGUUCCCAGCAGACAAACAAGUCAUAAUUUGGUGAAUAAACGUAAACAACGGGGCUCUUAAUAGACAAGAAAAUAAAACAUGAGUGUCGAGUGCUUAAUGAAGAGAUGUUAGACGACACGGGGGUCAGACUUGAACAUACAACUAGAAAAUCGCUGAAACGUCUAGCUCAAGAGAGUGGACUAUCAAAGUCUAUUGCAAGAAGGGCAACACUACUGCUUACUUUCGCCUGUGUGCUACAGAACAGAUAAGAUUUUUCUCAAAUUUUGGUCUCCUCUUGCUACGCAGAGCACGUUAUGUAUGACAGCAGAUGUGUUGAGACUGAAGUUAAUACUCGUAAUAUAUUCAAGAAAUAAGGCCGUGCACCGAUAACCGGAAGCCCAUCUCUGGUCGUCAGAAAAGAAGUAUUUGUGGGCUGUUUGUUGCUGUUCAGGCCACUUGUGUUUCAGAUGCUGCAAUUGAUACGAAGAACUGUAUGGCAUCGAAGUGCAGAGAGAAUGAACAGCCAGAAACAAUGCCUACAUAAUGUUGUUGCUCAGACAUUGGAAAGAGAAGUCAAAGAGAUACGUAUUCCAGUACCAUGGGGACAUAUCGCAGGAAAGUGGUGGGGCCCACAGGAUGCAAGACCAGUUCUUUGCCUUCAUGGAUAUCAAGACAAUGCUGGUACAUGGGACACAUUGGCACCCCUUCUUCCACAUGAUAUUAGUCUCCUGGCAGUAGAUUUCCCUGGGCAUGGACUGUCAUCACAUUUACCACCUGGAAAUGCAUACCAAUAUUUAAACUUUGUUUUGACUGUCCAUCGUAUUGUUAAGCACUACGGAUGGGAAAAAGUAUCGCUGUUGGGUCAUUCAUUUGGAAGUGCUUGUGCAUUUUUGUACUCAGCCCUGUACCCAGAAUGUGUAGAACAUUACAUUGGAUUAGAUAUAAUUAAACCCGUGAGUAAUGAUCCAGUAAGGAAGCUGAAUGGGCAUGGGAAACGUUUGGAUCAAUUCCUGCACUUGGAAUCUAUGAACCCAAACAGUGCGCCUUCAUAUACAUAUGAGGAAGCCGUUGAACAUUUACACAGAAGCAUUAAAAAGUGGGCAACAAAGGAAGGAUGUGAGAUCCUGUUACGGAGGGGAACCAUUAAGAAAGCUGAUGGGCGUUACUGUUUCAGUAGAGAUGCUCGCUUGAAGGUUGAUAUUGGUUUGAAUUUUUCUCAUCAGGAUGUUCUUCAGUUUGCAGCUAAUUUAAAAUGUAAAGUUCUCAACAUAAAAGCUCUCCAGGGUAUAACAAUGGAGAAACCUGAAGAAGUGGAACAGUGUCUUGAUGUGGUUAAGAAGUCAGCUGCACUGUAUGAAUACCAUACUGUUGAAGGCAGACAUCAUGUUCAUUUAGAUUUCCCAGAGCGAGUAGCUCCUAUAAUUUCAAACUUCUUGAAAUACAAAUGAAUAGCACAAUAGUUAAAAGAUAGUACAUACUUUCUAGCCAGUUACAGCUGGGAUAUGAAAAGAAGGAAAUCAUGUAUUUAUUGAAGAUUAUUGUGUUUCAACCUUCUGAAUUUUAUUUUGUUCAUGAAAAUAAAUGCAGAUAUCCCUCAUUUUAUGAACACUUGA